AUGGUGGAAGAUGGCUGGGUAUUGGUGCCUGAAGGACAAACCGGGAUGUCGUCCUUGAAGGAUGGCAUUGUCGAGGAUGAGCUAGAGAAAGCUUCAGACUUUGGAGAUUCUCUUGGGUCCUCAACUUUUCAUACGCCCAUCAAUGGACAACCUGUCGGCACUAAAAACCAUGCCAAACCGGCUCAUGAUUCGGCUCAAGACUUGGUCGGGAAGGCAUCUUCGAAGGAUGAGAUUAUCCAGGAAGAGCUGGAGCGCACAUCUCCCUCUAACCCGAAUAAGUCCGACGUCGAGGAGAAGAUCAAGCAUGCAUUUUCAUCUGACAUGAAAGAAGAGAAUGCUGAAGAUGGGCCAAAGCCAGCAUCUCUAUCUAAUUCAAACGGUGAGAAUUUCGAGGAUCAGUUGAACCAAGCACCUCGCGUGAAUCAGGGUCAGCACGAACUAGCUCCAAGAUUCCGUGAGGCACAGUUUGGCCUCGACCAGCGGUACGGCUAA